CAAAUAUCUGUGCUGCGAUAAAUUAUAACCAUAUACCAACAGCAAUAUUGAAAUUCUAUCGAAUUACUCCUUUGGCAAUAUGGAUGCAACGCAACUCACAGAGCUCAUGGGGAGUCAUGAUUUCAUGCAGCUACAGCAACAGCUCCAGCACAACAACAACAACUACAACACGGAUGGUCACAAUGGACUAUCACCGGAAUCGGCUGAAAGAAGCUCUCGGCCAGUGCGACGUGCCACACGCCGCACCUCACAGCUAAGCAAUAACACCUACGACCUGGAAAUGACGGAUUCUAGUUCGCAGAGUGACGACACAAGCGGCGGCGGAGGCAGCAGCAAUGGCGGCGGCAGCAGCACAAACAACAAUAGCAACCAACAGGGCAACGUCCAUGGCAGUCAGCGACCGUCGAGUCGUGGUCGUCAGCAGAAUGGCGGUGGCGGUGGCGGUGGCUCGAGUUUAACGCCCAACAGCGCUAACAACUCCAAUGCGAAUCGACGACGCAAGGGCGCUCUGAAUGCGAAGGAGCGUAACUUGCGGCGUUUGGAGUCGAAUGAACGGGAACGCAUGCGGAUGCACAGUCUGAAUGAUGCGUUUCAAUCGCUGCGUGAGGUCAUUCCGCACGUGGAGAUGGAGCGACGUCUGUCGAAGAUUGAGACAUUGACGCUGGCCAAGAAUUACAUCAUCAAUCUGACGCACAUCAUACUCUCGAAGCGCAACGAGGAGGCAGCCGCCAUGGAGCUCAAUGGUGGCGCCGUCGGUGGCGUCUUACUCUCCGGCCUGACCAGCGACAGCAAUGGUGGCACAACCAACGGUGGCGCCACCACCAAUGGCCUCUGCUUCGAGGAUGCUCUGGCCAGUGGUGGUGCCUACGACUGUGCUUUGUUGGCUGCCACCGAUGGCAGCCUGUUGAGUACGGCAACAGUGUCGGCAACACAGCCUUCAAUGCAGAACUUGCAAGCGCCAGCCAUGCACAUGUUGCCACAGUCCCAGGUGGAGCAGCAACCACAGUCGCAGCAGCAACAUCUCACACAUCAUCAUCACCAGCAGCAACAGCAGCAGCAGCAAACGCAGUCUCAAUCGCAGGCGCAACCGCUUUCACAGCAGCAACUGUUGCAUUCACACGGACACCUGGGCGCCACAAUGUUGCUGCCCCAACAACAACAACAACAACAACAGCAGCAGCAAUCGCAACAGCAACCAACGCUGAUACUCAAUGGCGGCUCCACAGUCACAGUGGGCGGAGUGUCUGUAGGAGUGGGCGUGGGCGUAGGUGUUAACGUGGGCGUGGGCGUAGGUGUGGGGGGCGGUGUCUUUCCAGAUGUCAAUGAUAAUUUCGAUGAACCCUUUCGAGAGUUCCUCUAAGCGUUGGGCAACCCUGAUGGUCUGUGGUAAAUCGAUAUGUAGAAUUUAUAGCAUUUGUCGUGCGAUCUAUACUUCAAAUUGGGAAUAUACAUAAUAUUAAUUACUUUUAUUGAAAUACUUGUCGAAAGCAAAACU